UGACGGAGUGCCAGUAGGAGCCGCGCGUCGCACAGUUUGAACAGUUUGAAGAGUUUGAAGUCGAACUAUCCUGUCAAGACGCAGCAAUAAAAAUGAAAGUUCCGAUAAGAACUACCAUGUUGCCCGGUGGACUGGCUUGAAGAAGAAAGCAGGCGUUUUGUGCGGGACAAAAGACGGCGUCGCCACCACAGUCUCACUCUCAGAUGCUGCACUGCUGCAACAACUAACACACAUCAAUGUCUUGGCUUGAGGGUCGUAGGGAGUCGCUUCCUGUCGCCCAACAGGUGGUCAGGCGGCGCUACUCGGGCCCGUUGCUGCUUCCGCCACUACGAAGGAGACACUCGUGUCAGGAUCACCAUUCGGACACCCGCCGCUUUUCUGCUGCACAUGGCUUACCGCUGCAUCGACUUGAAGUUCUCUAUUGUCGAGCAUUGGCCAGUCACGAUGAACACCGAAAUUGGCUUUCAAAGGCGCCGAGCAAACGAGCAACCGAGCAUUCGCACAUCAUGGAGUGCGCGGCGCUUAGCCGAGAGGGAGCCGGGCUUGCCAAAGCACCCAAGCAUUUGUGGCGGCAGCCCAGGACAAACAUUCGCUUCAAACAGCGCUUCAACUCGGACACCGAGUGCUACCUGUGCCGUAACAGGACGCUGGAGAAGCUCCGACCCGUACUGAAGAAACCGCGAAUGUCCUGGCCCUUCUCGCUUAAACGUUUUGAUGUGGAAAAUGGCCUUUUGGUGGGUCGCAGUCCUUUGGACUCCCAGACCAGCCCAAGCUCGGGUCUGGUCCUACAGUCCAAUGUCCCCCACAGUCAACGGCGGGAGUCCUUCCUCUACCGCUCCGACUCCGAUUAUGACCUCUCACCCAAAAGCAUGUCACGCAACUCAUCGACGGCCAGCGAUUUGCAUGGAGAAGACAUGAUAGUUACCCCAUUUGCACAGAUUCUCGCCAGCCUACGAACAGUGAGAAGUAAUUUUGCCGCUUUCACGCAUCUGCAAGAUCGUGUGGGAAACAAGUGGCCACCAAGCAGUAACCAGCCACCCCCAUGUAAGCCAUGUCACACAGAAGAGCCUUAUCAGAAAUUGGCAGUGGAGACUCUGGAGGAGCUGGACUGGUGUCUCGACCAGCUCGAGACACUUCAGACCAGACACUCGGUCAGCGAGAUGGCGUCUAAUAAGUUUAAGAGGAUGCUAAACCGAGAGCUGACUCAACUGUCAGAGACCAGUCGCUCAGGGAAUCAGGUGUCGGAGUUCAUUGCCAAUACCUUCCUCGAAAAACAACAUGAUGUGGAGAUUCUGUCUCCCCCGCCUAAGGAGAAGGAGAAGAAGAAGAAGAGGCCCAUGUCACAGAUCAUUGGUGUGAAAAAGGUCACACAGAGCCCCAGCCUUGUAUCCACCUGCAUCCCUCGUUUUGGAGUCACCACCCCACAGGAGAACCUGCUGGCCAGCGAGAUUGAGGACCUUAACCGCUGGGGUCUGGAUGUAUUCAAGGUAGCGGAACACUCUGGAAACCGCCCUUUGACCGUCAUCAUGUUCUCCAUCUUCCAGGAGCGAGAUCUGCUAAAAACAUUCCGGAUCCCAAUGAACACAUUCAUCACCUUCAUGAUGACCUUAGAGGACCAUUACCGUGCCGACGUAGCUUAUCACAACAACAUCCACGCGGCUGACGUUGUGCAAUCCACACACGUGCUUCUAUCUACACCGGCUCUGGAGGCUGUUUUCACAGAUUUAGAAGUCAUGGCCGUUUUGUUCGCCAGUGCCAUUCACGACGUCGACCACCCCGGCGUCACAAACCAGUUCCUAAUAAACACAAGUUCCGAGUUGGCGUUGAUGUACAACGAUGCCUCGGUGCUGGAGAACCAUCACCUCGCUGUGGGCUUCAAACUGCUCCAAGGGGACAACUGCGACAUCUUCCAGAACCUCAGCAAGAAACAACGAGAUUCCCUCCGCAAGAUGGUGAUCGACAUGGUGCUAGCCACAGAUAUGUCCAAACAUAUGAACUUCUUGGCGGACAUGAAAACAAUGGUGGAGACCAAGAAAGUGACCAGCUUGGGAGUUCUGCUGCUUGACAACUAUUCCGAUCGAAUCCAGGUUCUUCAGAACAUGGUCCACUGUGCCGAUCUGAGCAACCCAACCAAGCCCCUCGAGCUUUACCGUCAGUGGACCGACCGCAUCAUGGUGGAAUUCUUCACGCAGGGAGACAGGGAACGUGAUAAGGGCAUGGAGAUCAGUCCCAUGUGUGACAAACACAAUGCCUCCAUUGAAAAGAGCCAGGUGGGCUUCAUCGACUACAUCGUUCACCCUCUGUGGGAGACGUGGGCCGACUUGGUGCACCCUGACGCUCAGGACAUCCUGGACAUCCUGGAGGACAACAGAGAGUGGUACCAGAGCAUGAUCCCACGCAGCCCCUCACCUUCUAGUCCCGACGAGUCCCACGCUGAGCUCAGAUCAGGAGGUAGCCUGGGAGGGCCCCCUUCGACAGGGGUCAGCGGGGACAAGUUCCAGUUCGAACUGACACUGGAGGAAGAAGAAGAGGAUGAGGAAUUGGAGUCGGACCUCGAGAGUCCACUCGAGGAUGAGCCACAGUUGGGGACGGAACAGCACCGGGACUCGUCCUCCCCUUCCACGUCCCCGGACCCGCGCAACAGGUACCGGCCUCCUUCGCCUCAUUUGUCACGGCCCACCAGUCUGACGUUGCAGAGCCCCCACCCUCACAGGACCACGAACCCGACCGGCCAGGAGGGAUAUAACAGUAAAGACGACAGUGCCCCCUGGCUGCAUGAAGGCACAUAACACCCAGCACAACCUGCCCUCCUGAAAAGACAGUCGCGGGGCGGGCGGGACCUUACCUACCAAGGAAGUCUGUAAGAUCACCACAGUCCCUUUACACUGGAGACAGCCUCUCUGUAGACAGAGGGAUGAUAGCCCUCUUUUUAAUUUCGUAUUUAUAUAUCGGCCUGUCUUUGGGUGCCUCCUAUGUCUCGAUUGUUUUCCUCUCUGGUUGGGGAACGCCACUUGCACCGGAAAAAAACGAGUGACUCUCUCCCAUAAGAAAAGGCAAAAGAAACGUCUUCCUCUAAAACCUUUUGGACGUGAGCAAAUGAGUUGCAGUGUAAUGAUCACAGGGUCUUGGAAAUGAUUUUGCAACAUUCGCGAAUAUUCAAUUCAGAAUCUUAUUUUGUUGAACUAAUAUGUAAUCCAUUCCUUGGGGCAAAAAUAUUUGGAAGUUGAUAUUUGAACUGUUGAGAAGCAGCGAGAGAAUUGAUGGACCUAAACCUCAGGGUAUGAAGAGAAACACAAAUGGAAUGUAGCAUGCAUGUUGUGCAUACAAACUCUGGUCCUCGAGGGUCACUGUCUUGACAAUUCAAAUAAUAAUUCUAAUCAUUCUCAUCAGGCGCCUGCAUCAUGUGUGUUGGAGGGGGGGGAGUAUCUAAAACAUGCAGGGUAGCGGCCCUCGAGGACAACUGUGUGCCCUAAAGUGAUUCCCUGUUUGAAUUUACCUCUUAACCAUGCGACUGGAAUUUGUCUAAUCCCAGUUGAAACCCUUUAAUUUAGGCACCUAGAGCAAUCAAAUGUCUAUGGAUGGAUGUGUGUGAAAAAGAAAAUAUAUAUAUAUUGCUAUAUUUUAGGAAACCAUCUUGUAGCACAUCAGAUUGAGCACUGAAGACACCACCUGUAGUCUAAUUGUUAUCCUUUUUAAAAAAAAAAAAAAAGUUGAUUAAUUUCUAUAUCAGCCUUUAUUUAAACGUGAUUAUUAAUUUUCCAUUCCCUCAUCUUGUUUUGAUUUGAUCAGGGUGCCUCCAGUUGGCAGUAGCACUUUAGCAUUGUCGCUUAAGCACUUGGAAUGUGUUAGAAAGGGCUUCUGCACAUCAGAAAUACAAUACAAGAGAGGAAAGUAAUCAUUUUAUUGAUUUGGAAUUUCAUCCAUUUUGAUUGUAACAACAAUGAGGUCAUGUUAAUGGUUUUGCUUUUGUCAUCUAAUUGCAUGAGAAGACCAAAAACGCAAAUGUUUUUCCACCUACCAUUGCCUUUUGAAUCAUUUCAAAGUGCUGCAAAUACAUAUACAGCCCGAAUGUCAGUGACUUACAACUUUAAAACUCACGAUAAUGCUCCUGUUUUUUUUUUUUAAGAAAAUUAAUGAUUUUCUUUGUAAACUCAAAAGCAUCAAGUUGCAUAAAGAUUUUAUCAGACGAUAGUGUAUCUUUUUAUACUUUUUUUAAAUAAUACAUGGUGUGUUCCAGCCUUCACAUCUUAACUCAUCAGAACCACAGUGCCUGCUUGUCAGUGAAACAUCAAGUCACCUCAAUUGUUUAUUAUUUGCUUUAAUAUUGUUUUAGUGGGCACUACACAAGAUUUGCAAGCAUAAUUAUUGAACAGAAUAAGUUUCCAUUUUGCACACACACACACACACACACACACAAAAAGGCAGUAGCAGAGUUCUAAUGACAAACCUCAAAAUAAUGAAAAAAAAAAGACAGAAAACAUUGACACCGUUUGGAAGUUAACCGCUUGACUGUAAUAAUGCUGUUCAUGUUAAAAAACAAAAUACAGAAAAAUAUUUCAAACACCUGCCAGCCUACAAUGCUAACUUUUUACAUUAAAGAUUUUAAAUAGAUCAUUUUAUCAACACCAUUGACUUAUAGUGAUAGUUUUUACCACAAAUAACUAUUUAAAACGAUUCAUUUUGGCACAAUUUAGCAGUGCUCUGCUUUUCUAAUCUGAUAGCUGAGACUUGACAAUGUGUAGUUUGAAGACUUUUUGUGUCUCGUGUGUGUGUCCAUUCAGUAGAUGAAUGAUUGUUGCCAACAGAGAUUGGAAGUGAACCAGCACUACACACAUUUUAUUGCACUUCCUGGUCAGGCAGUAGUAGGAAACACUAGUCAAAAAGUAUUUCAUGACCACAGAAAGCAUUAUUGAUCAGCCUUUUUUUUUUUUUUUUACUCAUCAUGUGACUUUUUUUCACUGAUCAUGUGACUUAGGAUGUUGGGCCACGGAUGUUAAAGGACCAACGUGCUGUUUUGACUCACUGAAACCAAAGUGAACCACAGGAUGUUGUAAAUAGAAAAGCCAGUCACCAGAAUUCAUUAGUUUAAUUAGAAAAGAAAAAUACAGCAAUCGGGUUGAAAGGUUGGCGAGUUAAACUCAGCACUAUGGUUCUUUAUAUUCAAACACUAGUGCCAGAAAGUAUUAAAUGUGUAUUAUUGCUCACUUCUUGUGUUGAGCUCACAUUGGCAUCAUGUUAGUAAUGUUGCUCAGCCUCAUAUCAUGCAACUUUCUUGAAUACUAUUAUUCAUAUGUGUCUGUUAGUGUGUAUGUGUGUGUGGGGGGGGGAGUACUGUAAAAAGAAAAAAAGGGGAAGAACAGUUAAUUGUAUGUCAUGUUGUAAUCAUAUGUUAAGCCUCAAGAUCAAAAUACAAUGUAUACAGCUGAUCUGCCACUCCGACAUUUUGGAAAGAAAACCAAAUGAUUUUUCUGGAUUUGAGGGUGUUCUGCAAAUGCCAAUAAAGUACAAAGAAAUU